AUGAACCAACUGAAACAAAUACACGGCAACACUCUCCGAAAUGGCAUCGACUUUACACAGUUCUUGAUCACUAAGCUUAUUGAAAUUCCAAACAUCCCGUACGCCCACAAAGUGUUCGACAAUAUUACCAAACCAACUGCUUUCCUCUACAACAAGCUCAUUCAAGCCUAUUCUUCCCAUGGACUUCCCAGCCGGUGUUUUUCUCUCUACAUCCAGAUGCGCCGGCAAGGCUGCUCCCCUAACCCACACUCCUUCACAUUUCUCUUUGCUGCAUGCACCAAUAGUUCCAGCCCCAUUCAAGGCCAAAUGUUCCAUGUCCAUUUCAUCAAAUGGGGUUUUGAAUUUGACAUUUACACGUUGACUGCACUUGUUGACAUGUAUGCUAAAAUGAGUUUGUUGCCUUCUGCGCGAAAGCUCUUCGACGAGAUGGAAAUGAAGGAUGUCCCCACUUGGAAUUCUUUGAUUGCCGGGUAUGCCAAGAAUGGAAAUGUGGAAGAAGCAUUCAAAUUGUUUUCAGUUAUGCCUUCAAGGAAUGUGAUUUCCUGGACUGCAAUGAUCUCAGGCUACUCGCAAAAUGGGAAGUAUGCGAAUGCACUAGCUGUCUACAAGGAAAUGGAGAAAGACAGAAGGGUAAAGCCUAAUGAAGUCACAAUUGCUAGUGUUCUUCCGGCUUGUGCAAAUCUUGGGGCGCUGGAGGUUGGGGAGAAUAUUGAAGCUUAUGCAAGAGCAAAUGGAUACUUUAAGAAUAUGUUUGUUUUCAAUGCGGUGCUUGAAAUGUAUACGAAAUGUGGUAGAAUUGAUAGGGCAAUGCAACUCUUUCACGAGAUUGGUAGGGGGAGGAACUUGUGUUCUUGGAAUACCAUGAUCAUGGGGUUAGCUGUCCAUGGAAAAGGUGAUGAAGCCCUUAAGCUUUUCAACCAAAUGCUGGGAGAAGGAAAUGCACCUGAUGAUGUAACAUUUGUAGGAGCUAUCUUAGCAUGCACACAUGGAGGCAUGGUAGCAAAGGGGUGGGAACUCCUCAAAUUGAUGGAGCAAAGGUUCUCCAUAGCUCCAAAGUUGGAACACUACGGCUGUAUGGUUGAUCUCUUAGGCCGGGCUGGGAAAUUGCAGGAAGCUUAUGAUCUUAUACAAAGCAUGCCAAUGAGACCUGAUUGUGUUAUCUGGGGAACUCUUCUUGGGGCCUGCAGUUUCCAUGGCAAUGUUGAACUGGCUGAGAAAGCAGCCGAAUUCCUUUCUGUGUUGGAGCCAUGGAAUCCUGGGAAUUAUGUUAUUCUCUCAAACAUCUAUGCAAGAACUGGCCGGUGGGAUGGUGUUGCAAGGUUAAGGAAACUGAUGAAGUCCUCUCAGAUUACAAAAGCAGCAGGGUAUAGCUUCAUUGAGGAGGGAGGUGAUAUUCACAAGUUUAUAGUAGAGGAUAAAUCCCAUCCAAAAUCAAAUGAGAUAUAUUCACUGCUUGAUUUAGUCACAACUAGAUUAAAGUUUGAUGUAAGCACCAUGGAUAUUGAUUUGGAUUCUAUUGUUGAAUAGAAUUUU